ACUACCAAUCGCUAACUAACUACUGCUUUGUGAAACCGGCCCCUGACCAGUCGUUAAAUAUCCAAGGUAACAACGAGACAAUUACGAGUGUUGAAGUCGGGUACUCGAACUGCUUAUCAAAUUAUGGUUCUUCCAGCAGCUGUGAGAUUUCCCGCUGCUUUCAUGAUAUUGAUAUCAAAGGGUAUAUAUAUCUUUCCGAAUCGUAGUACAUCGUUAGUAACGAGGAGUACGCGAGACCGUUCUCCGUAGCCUCUAGCUGACUGAUAGAAAUUUUUGGAUCAGAAGCUGUUGCUACAAUUACCUAGGAUAGUUGAAAUAUGGCAGUUGUGCGACGCCAUAACCAGACAGUGUUAGAUUCCCUUGAGCCGGGAGACAUGAUAGAGUUUCACAGGCCGAUGUACUGUCACUGGGCUGUUUAUAUAGGUGAUGAGCAAGUGGUUCACAUUACUGGAGAAAAUGAUGGAAUUAAAGAUGGCAAAGGGGAUCCAGGGAAGUUCUGCAGCCCCUGUGGUGUACAAUUAAAGAAGGCUUUUGUUCUAAUCUCUCCCUUCUGGGAUGUGGCGGGGGAGAGUAAGGCUGUCAAAAACAAUGGAAAAGACCGCAAACACAGACCUGCGAGAUGUGAUGAGAUCGUGGAGAGGGCUCUGUCAAAGCUGGGAGAUUAUGGAUACAAUGUCCUCUGGAAAAAUUGCGAACAUUUUGCAUCCUGGUGUAGAUAUGGUGUAGAGUGGAGUGAACAGGCAGAUAUUUUUUGGCAAGGGGCAGCUGUUUGUUUGACUGGCGCUGCAGUGGUCGCUGGCGCAGGAUACGUGUAUCACAAACAGAAAAACAAGAAGGAGAACAAGACAUGAUUCCAGAGAGCCAACACAUUUUGAUACUCAUGGCAGAUGAGAUCUGAUUCAGAAAAGAUAGGAUAUUUCCUCAAUUACACUGUUCACGUAUUUGACUGGUUUUUUAUUGACUUGGUGACCAGAUCAGCAAAGAAAGCAUAUUGCUUAAGCCCCUGUUGAACUGAGCUUGUGACCACAUGGGGCCCGAUCUCACAAAUAUGUAGCAAAGAAAAGGAUGCAGUAAUGUAUCAUUAAUAUAUCAAAUAGCAUAUAUAUAUAUAUAUAAUUUAAUAAUAUCGAUAUAUCAUAUAUAAUAUAUCAAUAACAUAUCAUUUAAAGGUCAUAAACAGUGAUUUAUGGAUCUGAUGUUGACUGUGAAAUGUUGCCAAAGCCCAUCUUUAAAGGUGGGAAAGGGCAACUGCUCUUGACUAUAAUGCAAUACCAAGCAGUCCAUUUCUGUAGUAGUAACAAAGUUAUUUUUGAUAAAAAAUACUUGGACUUGAUAUCAAUAUUUUCUGAAAGUGUUGAGUUCUUCAUUAACAUAUUCAAGAAAUAACGAACAAAUCAAUAAACCAGCAGUAUACGUCAAUAUGCGUUAAUUUAAGAUGUUAACCCUUAUAAACAUAUAUAAGAAUAAAGUGAAUUAUUUGUUAAUAUCAGCAGCGAUCACGAAAUUGUUUGUAAAAAUAUUUAACCCCAAUGAAGAGAAUGCAUUACAUAAUGUCAUGUUAAUUGAAUACAAAUAUACCAUGCAAGCACAUUAUGAAAACAAUAUGAAUAACUGAAAACGAAAUUCGUUCCUGCGUAUAGACAUGGUCAGACGUAACAUGAAAAAGUGGAUGAUGUCGAGUUCAAUAGACCAUAGGAUCACACUUCGUGGGU